GAUCCGGUUUCGCCAUAAUCUGGUGUUUACCGGCAGCAGAAGGAAUUAGUUUAUAUCGGAACUUAAAAAAAGGGAGCAACAGACUGUUUUCAGCACUAGUGCUGUCCACGUCCAAACAAUGGGAGUGACGUAAUCUAUAUUUUUUUAUUACUCUGCUAAUUAAUCUUCCGAGCUAUGGUGAACAUGAAGGGGCUGCCACAAAUGUCAGGGCGUAACCUCUGCGUGAUAGUCCAACAAAUAGCAGGCCGUGCGAGUUAACUGCUAUUUGUGUGCACGCGACUACUAAUAAAUGAACUAUUAUUGUUUAAAUGGUAAUUUAUCAAUCUGCGACGUGUCUUGACAAACGAUCGUUUGUGUCGGGACAGGUUUUCUCGGUUUUGUCACGUAAAUCUGGGCUGCAGCAACGCCUCACGACUUCUCUUUUGGACCCACAAUGCUUUGCGGCACUUGUGUGCGCUGUCUGUGGUGCUGAAGCUGCGCGUGCCUCGGAGCUUGCUACCAUAGAAAUCCACCCGAGCAUCCUUCCGCGAGAGGAGCAGCGCGCGGGAUCUGUUGGAGGUUGUGUUUCCGACGGUUGGAAAACUGGGAUUCGGGGAUUUCAGGGUGUUUGUUCUCGCUUUAAACCUCACCCUCUGACUACAAAGACUAUUUACUUUUAUUCUCUGCCCCCUCCUCAAACACGAGCUUCGCGCCAGAGCUAUUUUUGAAGUCGUUUUCCGUGGCUGCGUUUCGAGGCUCGUCGUCCGUCCGGUGCCGCCGUCUGCCCCGCCGCCUCUGCCGCUCCGUCCCGCAUCCUUUAUGCACAGCACGCUGAUCCGGUCCUCCCCAGCAAAACACAGCUUCGUGUCCGAGCGCCAUGGCCCGCUCCAGUCGCGUUCUCUGAGAGACAUGGAAGCCAAGCAGCACCCCAUAAAGAGCCUUAAAAGCUACCCGGAGACCGGCGGCCGGAGUCUGGCAGCGGCCGCCGGAGCGGGAGACGGCGGCGGCGGCGGCGGGGGGCGAACCGGCUCCGCUGAAACGGAGAUGGAGGCGAAGAUCCAAAAAGCCAUCGACUUCAAGGCGGAGGGUCACCGCUGCUACAAGGAGAAGAAAUUUCGGGAGGCGAUCGGCAAAUACCACCGAGCGCUGCUGCAGCUCAAAGGCGCGCACGUCGUCGACGGGACCACGGGCUCCGAGGUCAACCUGCUGAACCAAGCCGCGGCCAAGCUGACGGAGGAGCAGCGGAGAGCCGUGGAGAGCACCGAGAUCGAGUGCUACGACAGCCUGACAGCGUGUCUGCUGCAGUCUGAGCUGGUGAACUACGAGAGGGUGAAGGAGUACUGUCUGAAGGUGCUGAGCCACCAGAGGGACCACUUCAAGGCCAUGUACCGAGCCGGCAUUGCCUUCUACCACCUGGGUGACUAUGAAUGUGCCCUGCGCUACCUGCGCGACGCCAAGAACCGGGAGCCCACAGACACCAACGUGCUGCGCUACAUCCAGCUGACGGAGAUGAAGAUGAGCAAGAGCGGCCAGCGGGAACGAGAGAGCGGCAAGGAGACCCACGGCUAGCCCUCCGCCCGUCGACCCCUCGGCCCCCCGCGACCUUUGACCCUAGGAGCAGUCCCACCUCGACCCUCCCUCUCUCCGCCUCCUCUACAGCAGCCACAGACAGAAGAGACAGACCCACUCGCCUGGACAGCGACAGGAGACACAUCAAAUCCGCCUGCAAGCUCCCUUCCUUUAGUCCCCUCCACCCUGCUCUCCCCCCUUUCCUCCCGCAGGUGCUGUGGUUUCUCCCCCUAGACGCAGAUGGUCGAGCAAACAUAAACACAACAAAAGAACAGAAGAAAAAAGUUGUAUUAUACUCAUAGAACAGUCGUCGUGAUGGAACGAAGAGAAGCUGAAAACACAUAGGAUUUAGUAAAUGUUCUAAAAGCAUCAAAUGCAUUUCUUUCCGCUCUCUCUCUCUCUCUCUCUCUCUCUCUCUCUCUCUCUCUCUUUCUCUCUCUCUCUCGCUCUCGCUCUCGCUCUCUCUGCCUUCUCUGUCUCUCCAUCUUUGCUUGAGCUCUUGAGGAGAAUUUCAGCCCAACCCCACCCCGAGCAGAGCCAGGGGUGUUUGGAGCAUUCUGGAGCGUGGGCAGGCGCUGGUUCGGGGUCUGUGUGACACAUAUCAAGGCCGUAGCUCAAUCUGAUUGUACGUCCUCCUCCGACAGGGCCCGCUCGGGCCCGUUUGCCAGACUUUGGGACAGACUAGAGUCCUUCGUGGAAGCCUGCCUGUGCUUACUCUAUUGCACUUCCCUCUCCAUUUACUUUCCUGAACGCCGUUUAUCUCUGUUUCAGGACGGUUCUUUCGAUUCAAGGGCUAAGUCUAAGCAUUUUUCAUUUCUUACCGGGUCUUUAACUUGCUUUCUGUUCCCCCGGGGUGUUUCUCUGUUAUCGCCUGGGCAAUUGUGCGUCUUGAUGAUGUUGUCUGAAGCCCCUCCUGCCUCACACGAUGUUGUUGUUGAUGUUGUUGACACUGUCGAAGCCCCUCCCCACUCUCACUCCCCCCCCUCCCCGCUCUCCCGUUAAUGAUGUCACAAUGGAAAAUAGCCAAUGGGAUGGGCGUUCCAUCAUCCUCCGUUGGCCGGGUGGAGGUCCACUCCAGAGCUUCACGGUGAGAAACGCUGGGACGUUUCUCCAAGCAGAGACGCGUUGUCACUAAUGCUGAAACAGUGCAGGCAGGAAAACGACCACACACACACACACACACACACGCGCGUCUGUCCCCGCAGACCAAACCAACAUCCUUCAGCUUCAGUGCACUUCAGCAAAAGUCAGCCAUUUGAGAUUUCGUCCUCUUUCAAGUUAGGGUAUGUUGGUAGAUAAAAUAUCUGUUUGUGGAAACUUGUUUACACCAUAUACAGUUAAGGACCAGUAACACACCACUAGCAUUAGAUGCUACUGAUGUUAUUGGAUUUUCAUGACUCGCCGUCAGCAGAUUCAUGAAUAAUUUGCCGCCGCUUGGCUUGUGACCGGUGAGGCCAAACCAUUGAUAAUGCAAUCGUUGCUUUUCUAUUAGCUUUAACCCAGGCUUAGAUCUGCUCGCUCUGUUCCGCAGAGGGUCGACAAUUGAAAAGCAUGACGUGAAUUUCUCCCAUCUCUGAUGCCAUGGAACCCUCUGUCCUCCCCCCUGUGUGCGAGCCCCCACCUCCUGCAUGUAACAUGCGGCACCAGAGAGAGCUUUCAGGCGUGUGGCGUGGGGAUUGUAUGGGAUCUAUUGCUUUGUGUCACGGCAUGCUGCCGCUAAAUGGUUCGCUCAUACCUCUACUUUAUCCAUUCUGCCCUUUAUAAACACAGAGAGUGGCGACAGACUGUGAUCACAGCAGUAGGAUAGGUAUCAAAUAUAUCUAGGAAAUGAGAUAUACAUAAAUUAGGGUAGUCGCGACUCGGAAAAGAUAGGUGGGAGUAGAAGAGGAAAGGAGGAAGGAAUUGUUCUCCUUAUGUUUUUUCAGUGACCUGCUCGGAGGUAAAUAGGGAUCUAAGUGUGUCAAUGGGACUCUGGAGAGACGGUGCCGCUGACGAGACCGGCAUGAUACAGAGGGGCUCCGGUGGAGGCAGAAGUAGGCCACGAUCAGCCCCAGCCAAGCAGCUGCAUGCUGUGGUGCCAGUGGAAAGGUUCACCGCUUAUUUAUCCUUCCACUCCCACUGGCCGGAAGCAGACGGACACCUGAGUGGAAUAUAUGACCGCAGUUUGGUGUGUUAGGGUUAACAAUUUGUCUAACGCCACAGAAGCAGGUGUGUUAACUCCUAACGUCAACAACUGCUUAGUUGAUAUAGAUUUGUGUGGUAGUUUCCACAAAAUUACCUCAAAUUUAAAUAUAUAUAUAUAUAUAUGAAAAACUAUUUAAAGACAAAUGUAGAGUAAAGUAUUCUUUAAAGAUUUUUACUGAUCUAAAGCUCCUUUUACUGUGUCAUUCAGGAGGUUGCUGGGUGGAAUAUAUCAUUGCCAGUUGAUUAGGCCUGAAACAUUAGACUCAGACUCGGGCCCUGAUUGCCCAGAGGAGGCAAAGCAGUAAACAAGGAGGAGCGGCACCUGCAGGCUCGGUCUCCAUGGCUGCUGCGUGCUGACCCGCGGGCCCCUCGGGGAUCUGUCUCCUGUUACGGGCCUCUCUCCGCCUUGUUGUGGCCUCGCCGCGCUAAGUCAUCCUGGCCCAACAUGCACCUCGGCCGCACAGAGCCGCCUGGCUGCACAUAAAACGGGCUAAUUGGUCCCUGAUUAAUGACGGCGCCGGCUCCGAGGCUGUUGUUGUGAUCCGAAUCCAGCGGGCCGUCUGCGCGAGUAGAGAGGGAGACGCCUGCUCUCUGUCAGCGUAGCUUUGGAAAUAACAGCGAACAGCAACAACCACGAAAAGCACAACGAAAAAGAGACGGAAAAGUUUAACUUCUGGCUGUGUUAGUUUUGCUUUUUUACUUUGAUGAUGAUUUGAGAUAAAUGUUUGUCAAAUGUCAAAGUAGUUUUUUUGUGAUGACAUGGUACAAAUGUAAAAAAAGGAAAGUUUUAUGGUUUACUGAAUUCCUUUAUGAAUGAAAAAGAAAAAGCAAGAGAUUGAAAUGAGAGUUUUACUACAGCUCCUCCUCAGAGCUACUUUGUGACUGUACCUGUAUUUGUUGGCAUUUCCGUGGGAGUUCCUUUUUUUCAAGGGAUCCAGAACUGGCUCAGAAUAUGUGCAAUGUCCUUAACCCCCCUGAGCCCACUCCCACCUCUGAAUGACCUUUGACCUGACUCGCUUUCUGUAAAACGAUGCGACCAGUGACGCAGGAGUGGACUCUAAGGACCUGGAAGCAGAGCAGUUGGCUGCUCCUCACGGCCGCAGACCUCUCCUCUGGUGGUCGCUGUGUUGAUGGAGACAGUACAAAUGGGACACAAAGCUGGGGACGAUGGAGUUUUUGUCCAGAGAAUGUUCUCCAGUCGGCAUCCAUACAUCCAGCAGGCCUCCACGGAGUGAACUGCUGGACCCGGAACGCACUGCUGAUCAGUAAAUGAAGAUUAUGAAUAAAGUUUCAAAGUAUGAGGAAUGUUGUUGUUGUUAUGGAAAUUAAAGUCAGUUUUGUUGACGGCACACAAAA